CUACUUCUCAAAGGUGGGGUAACUCCCGCGUAAUGUAAACAAACGCUUUGUUUCCAAUCUAAAUCCGAAAUUUCCUAAAACAUAUCAAGAACUUUCAGCGUAUCUUGCACGCUUUUAGUUACCUAUACUUUUAAAUGAAUACGAGAGAGAGUUUAUGUUCAGAGAUAUAUAGACAAAACAUGCGAAAUUUGAGCAAUUUUGAAACAACUAGUCUACUCAUUGUUAUGAGCUGAACUGCUGAACCGAUGCGCAGAAGCGACUGUCACCCCCCAUAGAAAUUUGAAAGGGGCGUUGUGGAAGGACAGAAGGGAGAGACCACGGAUAUUUUAUAAACGAAACUACCAAAAUACGGAAAGUAGAAAACGUAUCAACCUUUACAAUAUCAUCGCUCAAUUCAGACGGUUCACGCAGCACUACACAGUCACAAUGGCAGAAAUUAAGCUAUUUCUUGAAAAGGUUACGGCAGAAUUAAUUUACAAUGUCGUGUUUGCGGAAGUGUCCGUUGACUAUGAAGCAUUAUCUGAAAAAUUUGAGAUGAAAACUGGCCAUAAACCUAUGGAAUUAUUUGGUUUUGAUAUGAUCAAAAAAGGCAGCCAUGACGAUUUGUCAGAUUUCUUGAAAGCAAUUCCAGGUUUAAAAAUUAGUGCUGAAAAUACAGUAACCAUUGGUGACAAUAGCCCUAUUUAUAGCAAUGCAUUUGGCACAAAUAAAAAAUAUGGUGACAAUGAUUUAUACCACAACAAUAGCAUAUAUGAUGACAGAGAUAUAUUUGAUGAACCUGGUUUGAAUGAGGACAGUGGUAUACAUGACAGAGAUAUAUACGAUGACUGUGGUAUGGAUGAUGACAGAGAUAUGUAUGAUGAAGGGGAUAUAUAUGGUGUCUUUGGUACACUGGAUGAUGAUAGAGAUAUAUAUGAUGAAGGUGGCAUUAAUGAUGACAGCGGUAUAAAUGACAUUGGUGAUCUAUAUGAUGGACUUGAUGAAGACAUUGAUAAAUAUGAUGACUACGAUUGUGAUCCAUAUGAUGGAUAUGAUGACAUUGAUGAAUAUGAUGACUACAAUUGUAAUCCAUAUGAUGGAUAUGAUGACAUUGAUAAAUAUGAUGACUACGAUUAUGAUCCAUAUGAUGGAUAUGAUGACAUUGAUAAAUAUGAUGACUACGACUGUGAUCCAUAUGAUGGAUAUGAUGAAGGCAAUGUAAUUGAUGUCACAUUCAGCUACAAUUUCUCUGACUUAUUCGAGGGGAAUAGCAAAAAAACAAGGUAUAUUUACAAUGUUUUUAAUACCACGAAUAUGGAUGAAAAUUGUUCAGUUGCAAGCUAUCGAGAGAAACUUUUACUUAAAUGUUGUGACAUCAUGAAGGCUAAUUUUGCUAACCUAAGCAAUUGCAAGGAUGAGAAUGGCAACACUCCCCUUCAUCUUCUUGCAGCUUUGCCUGGAAUUACCUUUGACUGUGACACUUUGGUAAAACACUUGUUGAAGGCUGGUAUUGAUCCACUGGCGGCAAAUAUCAAUGGCCAAACCUUUCUACACAUAAUAUUUGGUAGAUUUGAAGUGGUAAUUGACGAGAAUUGCAAUGCUUGUUUUAAGAGUGAACGUGUAGUUCAAAGCGAAUGGUUUGUUGAUGACCAAACAGCUGUCUUAAAUCUGAUUUCUAAAGAAUUAUCAACUGCACAAGUUACUUCACUUUCGAAAGCGCAAGAUAAGAACGGGAACACAGUACUUCAUGAAUAUGCACUGUUCACAUCACUGCAACAAGAGCUACCUCACGAGCGCAACAUUUCUGAAGAACUACUUAAUCUUGAUGCAGGUUUGAGCUUAAGAAUUCCCAACACCAGUGGCGAGAUACCACUGCAUUAUGCGCACAACCCAUUGGCUUUUACGACGUUUGUCCAGAAAGAAAUCGCUCUUUGUCGAAAAAGAAAUGAUCGCGACGAAACACCUAUUUUAUUUAUGGUUAAAAUGUCGGCUGAACUCGCGUUUUCCCAAACCUCCGCAUCAGAAGAGCUUGCUACUUCGGGGUUUGUGGACAUUACUAGCAGGAGAUCUGUGCAGAAAGCUGCAAAACUACUGGAAAACCUAUUGAGCAUUGCAGAAGAGAAUGAAGAGGCUGUAAAAGCUGCUUGGAUUCCCGACCUUAAAGGUAACACUGCAAUUGACGUAGUCCUGAUUGCUAUUCGAAUUAGCGCCUAUGAUUUGGAUGAAAUUUCAGAGCAAAUGGCUAGUCUGCGAUCAUCUCUUGUGGAAUUACUACGUAUAUUACUUCGCAAUGCAAGUCCGAGUAACAUGACGCGUCGUAACAAGAAAGCACAGAGUCCUCUCCAUGUAAUUCUUGAUAUCGGUGAUAACAACAAACACAAAAUUGUCGAGGAAUCAUGCAUACGUCAAUGUGUCGAAUUCCUUUUAAUGCACGAUGCAGAUGUUAAAUCUGUAGAUUUGGAAGGUUGCACUCCUUUAGACAUCGCCCACAAGCAUCGCCACAAAGCACCGUCUCUUUUUAAAGAAUGCGCUGAAUUGCUAUUGAAGGGAAAAAUCGAAGCACGGAAGCUACAAUCGUGUCCGAAGCGCCAUGUGAAGAAUGCAGAACGUUUAAUUCAUCCGAACUCUGAAGUCUCUAUCGUAGGAAAAUAUCGCUAUUCGAGAGUAGAUGCCAUUGGCUCCGGAGCAUUCAGCGCAGUUUUUGUCGCAAUAAAAGACGAGUACGUCGACCUUAAAUCAGGUACAAUCCAAUGUCGGGCAUAUGCUUUGAAGCGUCGUGAUAAAGCCAGGAUGAAUCUCGGAGAAUUCACAAGCGAAAUGACAGCCUUGCUUUCUCUAUCUGGAAAGUGUGAGAAUAUCAUUAAAUUUCAUGAAUGUAUCGAAGAUCCCCGUAAUAUUUACCAUUACCUCAGCCUUGACCUGAUGGACGGUAAUCUUGCUGAGUUUGUCUUGAAUGGCGUUGCCCAUAAAGUAUUUAAAGGGAAUCCAGCAUUACAUGUGAGGGCAGCCAAAGAUAUUGUCAAUGGUGUAGCUUUCAUUCACAACCAGGAGUUUGUUCAUUGCGACCUCAAGCCUAGAAACAUCUUGUACACAACCGAUCUUAAAGGUCUGCGCUUUAAGAUCGCCGACUUUGGAUUGACAAGGAGCAUCACCACUUCGUCCGCACUGACGUCCUCUGGAGGUGAUUGUGUUCCUAUAGUACUUGGCACGCGAUGUUGGAUGGCGCCAGAGCUGAUCAACAUGGAGUCAAGUGAACAUACGCAACAUUCAGAUUUAUUUUCGUUGGGUCUGGUACUGCAUUAUCUCCUGACAAUGGGCAAACAUCCUUUUGCGACCGGAAUUAAAGAGCCAGCGCAUGUUAUUGAGCAAAGGAUCAGAGGAAUGCAAAUCCUUGUUGAGAAAUCGCUUGAACCAGAAGCCACCGAUUCCCUUCAUGCUCUUUUAUCGAAAGAUCCAGCCCAGCGACCACCAGCAACUUGCCUCAACGAGCAUCCUUUUCUUUGGUGCGAAAAGAAAAAAAUUGAAUUCCUGAAAGCGAUUGGGGAUCAACUAGAAGCCGUUAACCCGGGCAAAUAUCCAAACUCGCAGCUUGAGAAAUCACUACAAAACACACCCACUGGUAUGGAAGUCCAGAUGAUUUCUUGGGAUCAGCCUAUCCUUAGCUUGUUUGCAGAGAUGAAAAAGGCGUGGAAACGGAAGCCGUAUCGAACAGACAAAGUGAUCGACUUGAUCAGGUUCAUUCGUAAUUCGUACGCUCACAAGCAAGAGAGAUCGUUGAUGUUUCAACAAGAUGUUGAUAACAAUAUCUUCCUUCGUAAGUACCAAACCCUUGUGCUUGAUGCCUUCGGUGUUGUACGGAAGCUUGGUUAUGAUACAAGCCGUAGCAAUAUCCACCAAGUUUUAAGCUUUUAGACAACGAGUAUGCAUGCACUUGAAAUUUAACUCAAUUUCGAAGAUUUUAAACAAUCAUAUUUUUAAGCACUUUUCAAUCGUUAAUUAAGUAAUUAUUGAUCAAGUAUAUUUUUAAAACGUAGAGUUGUACGUCUUUAGCUUGCCGCACACCAAUCUGCUGAGCUUGUGACCAUGUGUGGGGAUAGUUCAGGUAAAACUCUCGUGUGUGCAUAGUAUUUGCUGCGGAAUCGUGUAUAAUCUUCCCUUCGCCUUGGAAUGGAAUGGGUUUCAAGCUCAAGCUGAGGCACUUUAUAACUGCAUAAUGAGAACAUGUGACCUUGUCAUUUGUCAUAUUAAUAAUCUCAGCGUGCGUGUUCGGUAAAAAUGCACGUUUCACUCAUUUGAGCUAUCUGCAACGCUCGGCAGCAAGCUCAGCAAGUUGCCUCAGUUUUGCAUUUUAUAAGUUAAGAGACUUUUAGGGCGAUUUACUUCUGAUUCUGCACUUUUACCUACUGUAGAUAUGUACACUGCUUGAUUACUGUAUUUAUCAUGAUCUAAUGCAUGCAAUUGAAUAUGUAUUAGUUUUAGUUUCUGAUUAUAUUAAGCUUUUUUAAAAGCUAUUAAAGACAUUAUA